AUGACUAUAGACCAACAUGGACCAGAGAUCAUGACUAUAGACCAACCUCGACCAGAGAUCAUGACUAUAGACCAACAUGGACCAGAGAUCAUGACUACAGAUCAACACAGAUCAGAGAUCAUGACUAUAGACCAACCUCGACCAGAGAUCAUGACUGCAGGCCGACACAGAUCAGAGAUCAUGACUACAGACCAACAUCGACCAGAGAUCACGACUACAGACCAACACAGAUCAGAGAGUACGACUACAGACCAACAUCGACCAGAGAGUACGACUACAGACCAACACAGAUCAGAUAGCAUGACUAUAGACCAACCUCGACCACAGAUCACAACUAUAGACCAUCAUAGAUCAGAAAUCAUGACUAUAGACCGACACAGAUCAGAGAUCAUAACUAUAAUAUAG